AUGGACACUCACCGCCCCGAAGCGCAUACGCAGGAAGAACGGGGCUUCAGGAGACGCCUUACAUCCUAUGGCGACAAGGACUUUGCCCUGUUCCUCCGCAAAGCCUUCAUCAAAGGCGCGGGGUACUCCUCCGAUGCCCUCGACUGCCCCAUAGUGGGCAUCAUCGACACAGGCUCAGGGUAUAACCCUUGCCAUGGUAAUGUCCCGCAACUUGUCGAGGCCAUCAAGCGGGGCGUCAUGCUCGAGGGGGCGCUGCCCGUAGCGUUCCCCACCAUCAGCCUGCACGAAAGCUUCGCGCACCCAACGAGCAUGUGGCUACGAAACCUCAUGAGCAUGGACACGGAGGAGAUGCUGAAGGCUCAGCCGAUGGACGCGGUGGUGCUGAUUGGGGGGUGUGACAAGACUGUGCCAGCGCAGCUGAUGGGAGCACUCUCCGCAAACAUACCGAGCGUACAGCUCGUUACUGGGAGCAUGUUGACGGGGUCACACGGCGGGAGGAGGGUCGGCGCGUGCUCGGACUGCCGGGCGUACUGGGCACGGUACCGUGCCGGCGAGGUGGACGAAGUGGAAAUCGAGGAGGUCAACUCACAGCUUGUGGGCAGCGUCGGGACGUGCAGUGUCAUGGGGACCGCGUCCACGAUGGCUUGCGUUGCGGAAGCACUGGGUAUGGCUACAUUGGGGAGUGCCAGCCCUCCUGCGCCCACCGCGGCGAGGAUGAGAGUCGCAGAGAGGGCCGGUAGGUUAGCUGCGACGGUGUUAUUGAAGGAUGGUAUGAAGCCCAAGGAUAUCCUGCGGAAGAAAAAUUUUGAGAACGCGAUGAGAGUGCUCCUGGCCAUUGGUGGGAGUACCAACGGUGUCAUACAUUUGACAGCCAUAGCCGGGAGGAUGGGUAUAAAGCUGGAUCUGCGGGACUUUGACAAGCUUGGUGAGACGACGCCAGUACUAGUCGAUUUGAAACCCAGCGGGAUGAACUACAUGGAGGACUUCCAUCGGGCAGGCGGUGUUCCAAGGGUACUGCAGGAGCUUCGGGACAGGAUCCAUAUGGAUGCGCUGACUAUUACUGGACGGACUCUGGGGCAGGAGCUCGCAGCGUACCACGGUCUGGAUUUCGAGCAGACCAUCAUUCGCUCUGUGUCGUCACCAAUAUAUCCGACUGGGGGACUUGUACCCUUGUUUGGCACGCUAGCACCGAAAGGUGCUCUGAUCAAGGUUUCAGCUGCUUCGCCUAGUCUUCUCGAACGCCGUGCUCGCGCGGUGGUCUUCACCUCUGCAGCAGACAUGGCCGCCCGGAUAGACUCGCCAAAGCUGGACGUCUCCGAGUCCGAUAUCUUGGUUCUCCAGAAUAUAGGGCCCAUCGGAGGACCCGGUAUGCCCGAGGCUGGGCUACUCCCCAUCCCGAAGAAGUUGGCCAGGAAAGGCAUCAAAGAUAUGCUGCGUAUCAGCGAUGGGCGAAUGUCCGGCACGGCUGGUGGGAGCAUCGUUCUCCAUGUGUCUCCGGAAGCGGCGCUGGGCGGUCCAUUGGCAUUUGUGAGGACGGGAGACGAGAUAGAAAUCUCGGUCAUAAAGCGAAGACUAGAUUUAUGUCUCGACCAGAAGGAGAUGUCGGCGAGAAAGGCAGAGUGGGACGAGACGCACGGGGGAGAGCUGGAUGCGAAGAGGGGACGAAGGGGCUACGAGGGUCUUUACAUGCGAGAGGUGACGGGUGCUGAGGACGGGUGUGACUUCCGGUUCUUGUCCGGAGAGUAA